AUGUCAGCCGAGCGGGCCGAUCUCCAGCUCGCGGCGGAGCUGGAACUGAGGCUCUCUGUUGCGUCGAAGUCGCGGCCAAAAGAGCGGCGCUUUGGGCCUUCGGGGCCGUGGGGGGACCUUGGGGGGAGGGGCGCAGAGAAUCUGGGCUUCGGAAUGAAGGCUGCAAGGGCGGCGUAUCGCACACGGCAGAUCUCGGCUCCAAGCUUGGGCCUACCCGUCAAGAUGGCGGAGGAUAGGGCUGGCUAUGUCAGCGCAAAUCUCCCAAGCGACGAGUUUAUUGACAACUACGCGAAGAAGUUUUGCUGCUGCAUACCUCUGCUUUUUCUGACCCUCGUUCCCUUCUACGCAUUCUUCUACGGUGCCAUACCGGAUGCUUCCAAAGUGGAGCCGCACACCUUUCUGGUGGGAGCUGCUGGUUGGUGGGUGGCGCUCAUCUUGAGACUGCCGGUUGGCUUGGCAGCAAAGGCUUGCCUGAAAGACACCGAGUCCCUGCAGUUGGCCUCGGUGCUUAUCUCUGGUCCAGCAGAGGAGGGUGUGCGCGUGGCAGUGCUGGUGGUGGCAAACUGGGCACAGUUGUCCCACGCCUUCGCCCUAGGCCUGGGCUGGACGAGCCUGGAGCUGCUCUUCACGCUGGCCCAAGGCUACGCCACCAUCCAGCUGCUGCGCGGCGCCCGGCAGGGCGAUGCAAAGGCUGCCGAGGCCUUCGAAGUUCUCGCGGCGCAAUCCAACGGAGAGCCGUUCGCAACGAGCCCGUUUUGGGGCGUCCUGGAGCGAGUCAGCGCGCACAUGCUGCACAUUGCGCUGCCGGGGACCUGGCAUGUGUGAAGAGAGGCCCAGAUGCAACUGUCGACAGGUCGCUCUACGUGGCGUACAACCCGUGGCUGGUCUUUGCCACUGCCCCGGGGCACUCUCUCACCAAUUGGUCAGUGCUGACGAUGAUGAAAAAGUUCGGAAUCGCAGCGGUGGCCUCACAACAAUCCUUCUGCGGCUCUCAACUGAUGAAGAAGAGGCGGCUUUUGAAUCCGAGGAGGUGGGCUUCUUUGUGAUGGCGUUGGCCUUCUUUGUGGCUGCGCUGCUGCUGUGGGGCUUUCAUUUUUAAAAUUUCGAUGUGCGCCGGGAGAUCCGUGGUAGUUCUCCAGUGCGGAAUGAGGCCCGAGCAGGUUUCACCAGGUGCCUUGCAUGCUGCUGGAGUUGCAGACUUGUUGGCACGCAGAUUGGUUG